GAAUGACCCAAGGCUGUGACUUCUUUUAAAUCCCUCAGGCUUAUGCCCAGUUCUCAGUACCGUGGCAAUGUGGAGACCAUGAAGUGGAGGUCCCACUGAGAUUGGGAAAGAGAGGAGUCCCUGAUGGGAUCGUUGGAGGAAGCCAGCCAGCGAAGUGGACGAAACGUAAUGGGUGAGUGGUGCAGUGACAAACCAAAGGAUUGAACCAGACCCUGUAAUGCCAGUUACUCCCAGGGCUGCCUAUAGGCAAAUGAGACAUAAGACAUAUGUGAGGAGGAAGCAGCAGGAGUCACAGGACCACCAGUUGGAGCUUGAGAUCCAUAAAAUAACUGGCUACUCCUCUUUUCCUUUGAGCUUCUAAGGAGUGGGAGGAAGACUGGAAAUGUUACCAGAUACAGCUGGACUCAGACUCAUGAGCAGGACCAAUCAGUCCAGUGUCUCCGAGUUCCUCCUACUGGGUCUCUCCAGGCAGCCCCAGAAGCAGCAGCAGCUCCUCUUUCUGCUCUUCCUCACCAUGUACCUGGCCACUGUCCUGGGAAACCUGCUCAUCAUCCUGGCCAUCAGCACAGACUCCCGCCUGCACACCCCCAUGUACUUCUUCCUCAGCAACCUGUCCUUUGUGGAUGUCUGCUUCUCCUCCACCACUGUCCCCAAGACAACAUCAUCCCCCACUUCUUCUGUGAUGCAACUCCCCUCCUGAAACUCUCCUGCUCAGACACACAUCUCAAUGAGCUGAUGAUUCUUACAGAGGGAGCUGCGAUCGUGGUCACCCCAUUUGUCUGCAUCCUGAUCUCCUACAUCCACAUCACCUGUGCAGUUCUGAGAGUUUCAUCCCCCAGGGGAAGAUGGAAAUCCUUCUCCACCUGUGGCUCCCACCUGGCUGUGGUCUGCCUCUUCUAUGGCACUAUCAUUGCUGUAUAUUUCUCCUCUUCAUCCUCUCACUCAGCUGGGAGGGACAUGGCAGGUGCCAUGAUGUACACAGUGGUGACCCCCAUGCUAAACCCUUUCAUCUACAGCCUGAGGAACAGGGACAUAAAAGGAGUUCUAAGGAAAGUGCUUAUCCUGAGGUUUCCAUCCAAGAAGUAAUGUUGAAAGUGUAGAACAUAACAGAGAGAAAUAUUGUGU